UUGGAGGCGUCUAGGAAAAAGAAGGUGAGUAUUUUCAAUUCAAAUUUAUAUAUUUCAAAUAAUAAAAUAAGCCUAAUUGAAUCACCGCUUGUUGCACCUCAUUAAAGUGUGAGAAUCAGCUGCUCACAUUCAAUCAGGCAUAAAAAUAUUUAAUAUUAUAAUCUACCAGUAAAUAAAUAAGAAUCAAAAAGAACUAAAUAUGGGAUACAAAAGGCGGUCAAGUGUUUGCCGGAAUCACAGAAAAUCUCCCCUUUUUAAGUGUUUGCCGAAGUUUUUUGAUUGAUUUGAGAACUGUUAGAGUAAUAAGAAAUAAAUGAAUAAUAUUUAUUAAAAGUGAACUUAUUUAUCUCUCUCGAGAAAAAUGAUGAAAAUCUUUGUCGGAAAUGUGUCAGAAAUGAUGACAAAUCGGAUAUUUCUAUGGAAACGAAAUAAAUAGAAAAGAUGUAAUAAUAAUAAAGUUCAAGAAAUAUAUUGAGCGGAAAUAGGAACAAAAAUGACUGAGAUAAUAAUUCAAGAAUUUUUGAGAUAUUUGAAAAAAUAACUAUUUAUUUGCUGACCAUUGUUAGUUUUUAGUCAUCAAAAAAAACUUUGUCAUCAUGUGAUUUUUGUUUCAAAAAUAACGGAAAAAAACUCUAAAAGUUUUGGUUCAAGACCUUCAAGAACCAAAUUUGUCCAUUCUUUGGACCUCGAAGCUCGAUAACUUUUUCUUUCUAUAAAAUUUUAUGGGAGAUUUUCUCACAAUUAUUUUAUUGCUAGAAAAUGUUCAGUUUCAUCUUAAUAAAAUUAUGCAUAAUCUCCAAAUACUUGUUAGAAAAUCAAGUUUCUAAUUUGCAUUUUGAUUAGCAAGUUUUCAAUCCUAAAAUUUGUUUACUUUUUAACAAUUCACAAAAUCUUUUCCGCAAAAAUUCAAAUUUGUCAAAGCUUUUCCAAUUUAUCACAAAUCCCUCUAAAAUAAAUCCAUUUUUUCAUGUCAAAUAUUAUAAAUAUUUCUUUGCUCUUUCCUCUCGAAUUUUUACAAUAAAAUGAAUGACACAAUGUUUUGACUGACUGACUGCAGGCAUCAUAUUUCCAUGCACUUUUUAUUUUACACAUUUUUUCAUAAUGCAACUAGAAUUUCAGAAAAAAGAAGACAAUUCGAUGUUUUUUUUAGUGUAAACAAAUCACUUUCUUCUUUUUUUUCAACUACUUUUUUGCAUUCCUUUUGGGGUAAAUUAAGUAGCUUUUUCUUCUUCUAAAUUUUUUGUUUCGCAAGUUUUCUCUCGAAUGAACAUCUUUUGAAACAAGCUGAAAGUAUUGAGAAACUCACCAGAAAUUUUAUAGAGUCUGAAUGAAUUUGUAAGCUGGUUUAUAGAGCUUCAAAGUUCGGGAUUUCAAACCUCAAAUUUUCAAAAUGCUGAAAUUUCCAUUCUGCUCUUCUAGCUUUUUUUGAAUAUUUUUCAUAGCAAUCUUGCUGCUGAAAAAGCUCCAGCCGAUUUCGAAACAUUUUCCCUUUUCACAAAAAAAAAAGUUGGAUAAAAAAUGAAAACCCACAAAAAACUCUAACAAUUUGUCAACCUCAAUUUUAUGAUCGCCGGAACAUUUUACAUCAUAGCAAAGAGUGUAUGAAAAUGACAGUUGUUAGAUAAUUUUGAAGAGUUUGACCGAACCUAACAAACGUACUAUUAGUGUUUCUCUUUUCAAUUUUUCUUUCUGUCAGCGAAUGAAGUUUUCGAGAGAAAUUGAAUGAAUGAAUACCUGAAUUUUUAUCGAAAUCCAGGUGUAACAAACAAAAAUCAAUUUUCUGUUUCAAAAGAUCUGUUUAUUCAAAUUAUCGUAUAUUUUUAUUUGAAGAGAUAAGGCAAAAAAGAUAUUCGAUUAUUUGUUUAUUUAUAUCUUUUCGCUUACGAGGCUUUUGUCCUUUUAUUAUGAAAAAUAAUAAUAUUAUUUUAUAAACACUGAAGUUCAUCGCUUUGUGUUUUUUUCGGCUUUUUCUAUUUUUGAAUUCAAAAAUAUUCCUGUUUUUUUCAAAUUGUGUUUUUGUUGUAAAAGUUCCAUUAAAAUUGUGAUUUCAUUCAAACUCACAAAAUCCCUCUUUUUCUCCUGAAUAAAAUUAAUCUUCUUGUUCUUUCUAUUCUCCAAUAUUCUUCCUACAUUAAUUACUUUCCCCUUUUUGCACCAAUCAACAAUCCAAACAAAACAAAAACACUAAUUAAUCUGCUGCUCUUUUUUUGUUUUUGGCACUGUUCCAAUUGUUUCUCAUUUCAUCCAAUUACUCAUCAUACUAUCUUUCUCUCUGUCUCUCCCAUUUGAAAAUCCGAAAUCUUUUUUUUUUCGUUUUCAUUUUUCCAUUGGUCAUUUUCUUCUUUUCCUAACAACAAUUUGAUGGAUGUGAAAAUUCAUGGGUCUUCUUCUUCUUCUUCUUCUUCUUCUUCUUCUUCUUCUUCUUCUUCUUCUUCUUCUUCUUCUUCUUCUUCUUCUUCUUCUUCUUCUUCUUCUUCUUCUUCUUCUUCUUCUUCUUUUCCUUUUCUCUAUUCUAUUCCUCUUUUUCUCUCGGUUCGGGUUCCUUUUUUUCAAUAAAUUUUAACGUUUCCUGUGCCUGUUUUGUGUUUUUUGCUUGUUCUGAGAAGAAAUGUUAAUCGUUUUCUCGUAGUUAGUUUUUUUUUUUGAAUGAACAUUUUCUGGCCACUUUUUCUGCAAUAUAAAAUCCCAUUAUUUUUUGGAAGAAUUUAGGAUUUUUUAAUAUUUUAGUCAGCGAAUUUCUGAGAAAGAGUUAUGACGUGGAAAAAUUUUGAAAUUUCGGAACUUGAAAACUUCACAAAAAAAUUGAUUUUCAGUGUUAUAAAAUUCGGCGAUUUUAUUAAGUAAUUUUCUCAAUUUUUCCAGUGAAUGAAUUAUUUUUUCAUCUGGUUUACCCGAAUUUCAUCAAUAGUUUGAAGUUUCAAAAAUAUUUUUAAAUUUUGACAAAAGCCACAUGAAUUUUCAGAUGAAAAAUGAGCGUUCAAUCCGACUAGAAUAUUUUUUCACAUUUUUUUCAAAAAAAAUUAUAAUAUUCACAGGCAUAUUUUUUUCCUCCUCAAUCAUAAAUGUUUUAAAUUGAAAAUUGUUUUGAAAUGAUUCACACCUCUUUAUUUUAUUGAAAAAAACGGCCCGUUUUUUUCUAACAUAAACGAAAAACUAUUUUAUUUUCAAUGAUUUUCAUCAUUUUAAUUUUCUUUGUCCUCGUGAUCAAUUUAGCGUAUCAUUGUCCUUGUCUCCAAAUUAACCAACCGUAAUUUGAGAGACAAGCAAAUUCGCUCUAUCGAAAUUGUAUGUUUGAUAAAUAAAUGUUGUGUGUAGUACUUUUGAAAGAGACCGAUUUUUUAUAGCCCCUCCUCCGCUCCAAUAAUAAUAAAAAAUGUUAAACUUUUUAUAUUAUAACGGAUUUUUUUUCCAGGCAGAAAAUAUAAGAAAAAUGCGGGAAGAAGAUCUGACACUGAAUAAAUUAUUAAUCGCCGCUGAUCUUCGAGAUUAUGAAUCAGAACUUCGACGAAAGCUAAAACUUCGAAAUGCUGCCGAUUUGCAAUACGUUGAAGAGGUUGAUCUUACUUCGAUUGGUAUGUUUUUUCUUUUGCUUUUUGUUGACUGACAAAAAAGUCUGUUUGCUUACUUUUUCAAAAAAAUUAUUAUUAUUAUAUUUUAUUUUUGUUUUUUUAUAGGAAUGAGUCGACCGGAACAGAAAAGAUUGCGAAAAGAAUAUGAGAAAAUGUAUCCGAGUGGGUUAUUUGGAAAAGUUCGAAAAGCAUUGAAACGAACUGAAAGUAUGGAUCGAAGAAAUGGAACACAACAAGCUAAUAAUCGAGAAGAUGAAGAUCAUCAUGUUAUUCCUAUUGAAAGGUAGGUUCUAAUUUUAUUGAAAAAUUUUUGUUUGAAAAAUCUGGAGCUGAGCCAAAAAUUGAGAGUUAUUCGGGUCGAAAUCACACUGUUUUUAAAUCUUUGUGAUGUUUUUUUCAGAAAACCUAUUCUCUCUUUUCAGAAUCACACUUUGCAAAGAACUCGGUCAAGGUGAAUUUGGUGCAGUCUGGCAAGCUUCUUGGAAAAAUUCAACUGGAACAGAUGUAACACAAGUUGCUGUAAAAUGUGUUGGAUCCGAUAAAUUAUUAGCAUCAUCGACGAGUUUUCUACAAGAAGCAGCAAUUAUGACAAGAAUGAGACAUGAUCAUGUUGUUCGAUUAUUUGGAGUCGUUUUAGACACCAAGAAAAUUAUGCUGGUGAGGAAUUUUUUUGAAAGAAAACUUGAUUGAAAAUUCUUCAUGAUUUGGAAAAAUGUAUUUUUCAAAAACUAGAAAUGAUCAAAAAUUUUAUUCAUCAAAAUAAAUGUUAAAAAUAUGGAACACGUGAACUUUUUCUUAUUUUCUAAAAAAAAUAUUCAAAAUAUUUUUAUUUCUGAAUUUUGCAGGUCUCCGAACUUGCGACAUGUGGUUCACUUCUUGAAUGUCUUCACAAACCAGCAUUGCGAGAUUCUUUUCCAGUUCACGUUUUAUGUGAUUAUGCCGAACAGAUUGCAAUGGUAAAUAAACCCUUUAUAAAUAUAUUGAAUUAUAAUCAUAAUUUAAAUGUUAUAGGGAAUGUCAUAUUUGGAAUCGCAAAGAUUGAUUCAUCGUGAUUUGGCAGCUCGAAAUGUUUUGGUUUUCAGCCCAAAACUUGUGAAAAUCUCUGAUUUUGGACUUUCUCGAAGUCUUGGAGUUGGUGAAGAUUAUUAUCGAUCUGAAUUCACACCAAAUUUGAAACUUCCAAUUGCUUGGUGUGCACCAGAAUGUAUCAAUUUUCUGAAAUUCACCUCGAAAUCUGAUGUUUGGGCAUAUGGUGUGACUAUUUGGGAGAUGUUUUCGUAUGGUGAAAUGCCGUGGAAAAAUAAAUCUGGAGCACAGAUUUUGGAACUUGUUGAUAGAAAGUUAGUUUUUUGUUUCUAUUUCAUUUUUCUUAACUUCUAAAGGUUUUUUUUCUUCAGAAAAGAGCUACUUCUUCGUCCAAAUGCUUGCCCUGAAGAUAUGUAUGAUAUGCUCAAAGAAACUUGGACACAUCAAUAUCAAGAUAGGCCAACAUUUGCUGAAAUAAUCGAACAUUUUCCGGAGCGACGAGCUCAAUCAGUGAGAGCAAUUGUUGAUUGUCGAGAUGCGGCUGCUGAUCAUUUACAUUUUAAACGAGAUGAUUUGAUUGUUGUGAUUAGUAGAUCGUGAGUUUUUUUGAAACAUUUCUAUUCAUCUUAAAUUUUAUGGAUUCUAUAAUACUCGUAAAAAGAGCUGUAAAAUUUUGACGAAAAAAAGAAUAUAAUUUUAAAAAAUCCAAAAAAUCGGCCAAUUCUCAAUAGAGCACACAUGCUUCUUUGUGUUCAAAAAAAUGGUUUUUCAAAAAACGUGAAACAAUUUUUGGAAUAUUCCUAACCUUUUUUCUCCAAUAAAAAAUCCCAAAUUUCAACAUAUCUAAUAUGCAUUAAUAAUUUGCAGACCCCAACAAUAUCCAGAUGGAUAUUAUUGGUAUGGAUCACUUCGAAACGGCAAACUCGGGUUGUUCCGCCCAUCUGACACUGUCGCUCAUUUGGGUUCCGAACCACCUUGUUCAAAUGGAUCACUUGAAAAUGGAUUUGCUGGAAAUGGCGAGAAAAUUGAGAAGAAAAAGAGUAGCAAAAAAGAUAAAGCUGGAGAAAGAGAAAAGAAAAAACUGACAAUUUCUGAACCUGUUGGAGAUGUUCGACAUACUUGUCAUGUUGGAAUUGAUGGAACUGCUUUUGGAUUAUUACAAUUAGAUAAGAAAGCGAUGGCUCCAACAUCCACGUCACCAUCUGCAAAUUCAUCGAGAGGAUCGCAACAAAUAUCACCAUCUUUAUCGCAUGCUUCAUCUUCGACAUCAGCUAAUAGUUCGAAAGUUCAUUUGAGAGAAAAUCCAGCGAGAAAUGGAAUAUCGAUUAAAGAAACUAUGUCAUUAAGAGAUGUUGGACCAUUAAGUAGAGUUAGUUUAUUUUUUUUUUGAAUUAAAAACAAAUAAAAUAAAAAACUGAAUAUUUUCUAGGAUGCUAUAAACCUGCGUGAAACAGUUUCCCCACCUCAACUUCGUGCACCUUCUCAACCACCAAUGUAUUCUCAACCACGCCCAACACCAAGAUUAACUGAUCGUGGAAGUGUUACACCAACUGCUCCGCCUUUAUCGAAUCCAAAUUCAUUGAAACAACCACUUCACGGAAUUGGAAUAUCGAUAUCAUCGGCGGCUGUUAAUGACGAUACUUUUGAUGAUUGCAAUAAUUUAUCGCCAUCAAGUUUUUCAACAACUUCGACUACUCUGACAAAUUUGACAAGAGAUCCGAUUCCAGCGCCGAGAGGACCAAUUGCCGCAGUUUAUGCCAGAGGGUAAGAUUUUUCGAAUUUCAGAUUCGGAAAAAGGUUGGAACAAAAAAAUAUUUGAAUUCAAGACUUGAAAAUUUUCCAGACUCAUUUCAGAAUUUCAUAAAUUGUUUUGAAAAAUGAAAAAAAAAUAACUUUCCAUGUAGUUUUUUUUGUAUGUAUUGAGAUGCUGGAAGAUUUUUAAAUUUGUAAAAUCCCUCGAAUUUUAAACUUUAAGAUCAUCUGAAAACUCUAUCAACAUUUAAAUUAAAUUUGAAAUCGAAAUUUUAACCGAUAGCCAUGAAACUGUAUGAAAUGUCUUUUCUAUUACAAAAAAUCUAUUCAGUUCAUUUUUUAUGUUCAUUCCUAAUUUAAAUUAAUUUUUUUCAGGCGAGAAAUUCCAACAUCACCAUCAAAAGCCGAUAGUCGAUUAGUUGAUGAGAUCGAACAUCUAAAUCGUGACCUUACAAAUUAUUCAAUUAGCACAAUUUGUGAUUAUUCCGAAGAUCGACCACUACUUGAAUCUGCAACAUCAAAUAAACCAUCAACUUCAAAUUUUUCUUCUUCUCAAGAAUCGAAAAUUCGAUUUAUGACUGAAAAAGAAAUGGAAAAAAUCGAAGGAAAAUCAUGGAAAGAACAUCGAAAAACAGAUGAAAUAUUGAGAGAAGAAAGAAUGAAAGAAAUACAAAAAACAAAUGAAAAAAGAGAAGAAGAAAAUGAAAUUGAAGGUGGAUUAUUUGAAACAAUACAAAAACAACAAGAAGGAUGGACUUCGGCUGCACAAGAAGCAUAUAAAUUAUUAGUUGAAUGUGGAACUAGUUUGAAACAAACAUCUAUGUCACCACCACCAUCUUCAGCAAUGUCGCCAAGAAGUAUUAGAAGUGAAGUGAGUUCAACAACAUAUUUGAAUGAGUAGAUAAAGGGUUGAGGUCGAACAGUUAUGGGUGAUAAAAUUUUGAGAAAAGUACAUAUAUUUAAAAAAAAACUGUAAUAUUCAGAGCUCAAAAGUGGCUCCUUGCCAGAGCGAACUUCUUUAUGAGUGUCCAAGACAAUUAGGAUAUUUAGGCGCGGCUACUUGAGAACUAGGAGUUCUAUGCGCUGAUCUUUGAAAAUAAUUUUCAAUUUUCUUUCACUGUAUCAUAACCUUCCAAUAUUUCCAGAGAUCAAGCACAUCACCUGCUCCACCUCGACCUGUUACCCCUCCAUUAUCAACAAUUCAAAUGCGUCGUCCACCAUCAACUCAUGCAACACUUGAAACAAUUGAACAAGUUGAAAUCGAAGAAAAUUCACCGAAACGAGUUCAUAUAAUUGAAACGAAAUUAAUUGACGGACCAGCUCGUGGAAUGAGCCCAGUUCAAGAUUCUCGACAUAUUCCAGCGUUCACAACACCAAUGUCAUCAACUUCUUCUUCAACAUUUCCGAGAAAAGCUCCACUUCCAACUCCAACAACAAAUAGUGCAACAACAUUGAAUCGGCCGCCACCCGGAAGACCACCAAAAACUCGAAAUUUCCCACUGAUUAUUGAUGAUGAAUUUGAUGUUAGAAAUAUGGCAUAUGAUAAUUUAAAUGGAUUUGGCGCUGGUUCAAAAGUUGGUCCACCUGUUCCUCCAAAACCCAAAGUCAGCUUCGCCGAUGACAAAACCUCAUAG